AUGAAUUCACAAUUAACUGGCCGAAACAACCGCAAGGUUACUUUUGUUCUGCCAGACCAUGGCUCAGGUCGUUACAGUCGGCCUAUAGUGUCAGGUGAGCCACGGUCUUACAUUAACCAUCUAAUGGAACACGAGGCUGAAAUGCCCAAGAUCGUGUCAUUUCCACCGUAUGAAAAUAUGUGGCACCCAACCACUACUAAACCGAUACAUACUAGUAACAAAGAAUUACUAGUGGAUGUGGCUAUGCAGAUUGGCACAGUAACAUCAAUCUUUUGUCGAGUGUUAAUUAUGCUCACUUUGUGGCCUUACUUUAGGGCACUUCAGAAUAGCUACGGUGCAUUUUCGCAUAUUGUUUACGUUGACCUAUUUAUGCCUUUACUAGUAAUCUAUCUAUUGGGCAACUUUUUAUCGGAUAUCGUUAUAUUCAUUCGGGCCUGCCACUUCUUUAUUUACUGCUCACCUAAAUAUAAGAUGACUUUGACUGAGUUCCGCAAUCACAAAAACAUACUUUUACCCGUCUUCAUCGGUUUUGCUAUCUUUCUUUGCACGGAAACCUAUCUCUUAUCCUACGCUUUUUUGACUCUUAAGUACUGCCGCUUGUUUGAUUCUGUUAUCUGGACUGUUUGGGGUGCCUACAAGAACUCCUUCGGGAUUGCAUUUAUUAUCUGUGUAUCUGGGGUGAUUGAUCCUAUUUCUUAUAUAAUCAUAUUGGCUCCAAUCAUCUAUAAGAAGAUGUGCUUGCCACCAGCUGAAUGCUUCUUUCUCGACUUUAAGCAAAACGAGUACGUAUCUGUGAACAACGACUGUGACUUCCUGAAGAAUAACCAAGAAGCCGCCACGCUUUUGCUUUGCAUAUUAUGCUUCCAUCUAAAGCUCUGGAUUAUUUAUCAGCACGAAACUCUUUUUACUACCAUCCAUCAUAUCGCUUUUGAACAUCCAGGACUCCUAUACGGACUUGCCGUUUUCAUGCUAAUAGAUGGUAUGAGCGUCAAUAUAGGUGCCUUUGGGGCCAAACUUGCAUGCCAAGCUUCUGACAAUCGCCUGGCUUCCCUCCUACCCCAAAACCUCCGCUCCUGGAGGGGCUUAGUUCACAGCAUACGUCAUGGUCAACUUUGGACAAUCAUCGAUCUACUAUGUACCAUUAUUCUUUUUGUCACCCUUAUCUAUUGGAUUUUAAAUGACGAUAUUACGAAAACCUCCCUAUACACCCGGUAUUCCCAUCUCCAAACACCAAAUAUAACCUAA